GCUGCCAGCCUCCCAACCCCUCUCCUCCCCCUUCUCCUUCCCCGAACUCAUGUCAUCCACCACGCUAGCGAUAGCCUGACUGAUAGGCUCGUCGCCAUCGCCGCCGUUGUUGUGACGGCGGCUGAUAUAUAGCCGGGGGAGAGAUCGAUUGAUUGGUAGCAGUAGUGGUAGCAUCUCCGGAAGCCAGAAGUGGAGAUUCUUUCCUUCUUUGCGCUUUGCCUCCACCAUGAUUCCCUUCCACCUUCGCGCCCGCCAUGCCAUCUAUAGCGCGUUCCUGCCGUUUUAAUGCCUAGUACUCCUCCUCUCUCUCCUCGUAAAAAAUCCGAUAAAUCGUCGGGAUCCGAGCGGAUCCACUGGGGUUGGUAGGUGGAUCAAUUCCCGGGACGAGGGGAGAUUUCAGUCCGAGAAAAAGACGAGAGUCUUUCUCUGUCAUUUGUAGCUAUCCUGAUCGAUGAGCUUCGGCGGCAUGUUCGAUGGCACCGGCUCCGGCGUCUUCUCCUACGACGCCGGCGGGGGCGGCGCCGGCAUGCACAACCCAGCUGGCCGCCUCCUCCCCUCGCCGAACCUCCCCAGACCCGGCGGCGGUUUCUCGUCCUCCACCGGCCUCUCCCUUGGCCUGCAGACGAACAUGGAAGGUGGGCAGCUCGGCGAUCCGAACCGGCUCGGCGGUCUGCUGGGCAGCGCCGGGAGCGUCGGCGACGGCGGCGACUCGCUGGUCCGCGGGCGGGAGGACGAGAACGACAGCCGCUCCGGGAGCGACAACCUCGACGGCGCGUCCGGCGACGAGCUCGACCCGGACAACGGCAACCCGCGCAAGAAGAAGAAGCGCUACCACCGCCACACGCCGCAGCAAAUCCAGGAGCUCGAAGCUGUGUUCAAGGAAUGCCCUCACCCGGACGAGAAGCAGCGGAUGGAGCUCAGCCGGCGGCUCAACCUGGAGAGCCGCCAGGUCAAGUUCUGGUUCCAGAAUCGGCGCACCCAGAUGAAGACGCAGAUCGAGCGUCACGAGAACGCGCUGCUGCGGCAAGAGAACGACAAGCUGCGCACCGAGAACAUGACGAUCCGGGAGGCGAUGCGGAGCCCGAUGUGCGGCAACUGCGGCGGCGCGGCGGUGCUGGGCGACGUGUCGCUGGAGGAGCAGCACCUGCGCAUCGAGAACUCGCGCCUCAAGGACGAGCUUGACCGCGUGUGCGCGCUGGCGGGCAAGUUCCUGGGCCGGCCCGUGUCCGCCAUCUCGUCCCCGCUGAGCCUCCCGUCGUCGCUCUCCGGGCUCGACCUCGCCGUCGGCAGCGCCAACGGCGGGUUCAUGGGCGGCGGCUCGGUGCUGCAGUCCAUCCCCGACCUGAUGGGCGGCGGGGCGGCGGGCAUGCGGCUGCCCGCCGGCAUGAUCGGGGGCGGGCUGGACGACGGCGUUGGUGGAGCGGGUGAUGCCAUGGACCGCGGCGUGCUGCUGGAGCUCGGGCUGGCGGCCAUGGAGGAGCUGGUGAAGGUGGCGCAGGUGGACGAGCCGCUGUGGCUGCCCAGCGGCCUGGACAGCGGCGGCGGGUUCGGCCAGCAGCAGGCGCUGGAGAGCGGGGGUUUCCAGACGAUGAACUACGAGGAGUACCGCCGCUCGUUCGCGCGCGUGCUCGGCCCCAGCCCUGCUGGGUUCGUCUCCGAGGCCACCCGCGACGUCGGCGUGGCCAUCGUCAGCAGCGUCGACCUCGUGAGCAGCCUCAUGGACGCGGGCCGGUGGUCGGAGAUGUUCCCGUGCGUGGUGGCGCGGGCGAGCACGAUGGAGAUGAUCUCGAGCGGCAUGGGCGGCACGCUCAGCGGCUCGAUCCAACUGAUGCGCGCGGAGCUGCAGGUGCUGUCGCCGCUGGUGCCGAUCCGGGAGGUGACGUUCCUGCGGUUCUGCAAGCAGCACGCGGAGGGCCUCUGGGCCGUCGUCGACGUCUCCGUCGACGCCGUCCUCCGCCCCAACGACGGCGCCGCCGCGGCGGGGUACAUGGGCUGCCGCCUCCUGCCCUCCGGCUGCGUCGUGGAGGACAUGCGCAACGGCUACUCCAAGGUCACGUGGGUGGUUCACGCCGAGUACGACGAGGCCGCGGCGCACGAGCUGUACCGGCCGCUGCUCCGCUCCGGCCAGGCCCUCGGCGCGCGGCGCUGGCUCGCCUCGCUGCGGCGCCAGUGCGAGUACCUCGCCAUUCUCUGCUCCAACCCGCUGCCCUCGCGCGGCGACGGCCACCACGAGGCCAUCUCGCCCGUCGGCCGCCGCUGCAUGCUCAAGCUCGCGCAGCGCAUGGCCGACAACUUCUGCGCCGGGGUCUGUGCCACGGCGGCCCAGAAGUGGCGCCGCCUCGACGAGUGGCGCGUCGAGGGUGGCGACCAGCAGCCGCGCGGCGCCGGCGGGGAGGACAAGGUCAGGAUGAUGGCGCGACAGAGCGUCGGCGCGCCCGGGGAGCCGCCCGGCGUCGUGCUCAGCGCCACCACCUCCGUCAGGCUACCUGGCACGUCGCCGCAGCGCGUCUUCGACUACCUACGCGACGAGCAGCGCCGUGGCGAGUGGGACAUUCUCGCCAACGGCGAGGCCAUGCAGGAGAUGGACCACAUCGCCAAGGGCCAGCACCACGGCAACGCCGUCUCACUCCUCCGUCCCAACGUAAGUAUCACUUCCAUUCCAUGUACUGAAUUAUUCUAUAGUUGUAUUCUUCAAUUAUUUCUCAUUUUAAGCAUCUCAGUUCCUUCUUGUGACACUGUUUUUGUCGCAUACUCCUUACACAGAAUGGAGUAUAGUCGCAGGUCCACUGGUUCAAGGGCAGAAGAAAAUCCUGGUGCUCAUCCUCUAGUGUACCAUAGAAGGAGUGCAAGGGAGAGGCAGCUGGCAGAGGAGAGAAAUAGGGAGUUCAUGGAGCAAGAAGCUAUUACUGGUUUGGAGCAGCUAGGUGAAAGUGUUGUUAGAAGGAUGUUUAUGGCAUUGCUUGCUCCUAAUGCUCCACCAAACAUUAGAAGGGCUUGUCAACCUACCAUACCAUCCAUGGAUGAGCUGCCAAGAAGAGUUGAUGGGCUACAUCAUAGGGAGGCAAGGAAUCAAAUGCUUUGUUCAGGGGAUUACCCUCCAUUGGAUCAGUUGGAGAGAGCUCUAGAGGGAUAA